AUGGCUGACGAGGAGGCUCCAGCUUACUCUCUUACACUAGAAGACGGUACAGUUGUCCAUACUUCGAGGGAAUUCACGGGGUGUGGGCGUGCAGUAUACGCCAAUGGGGAAGUUUAUGAUGGGGACUUUGAUGAGGGUGUCAGGCAUGGGAAGGGGACGUAUUGGUAUAGGAAUGGGGAUGUUUAUACGGGACAGUUCCAAGAGAACGAGAAGCAUGGUAUGGGCCGACUAGUGUACACUGGUAGAAAGGUAGCCAACGACGAGGAGGAUGGUGAAGGUGAUGAGGGUAAGAAGAGGAGGAAUUCCAACCCUUACCACUCCUUCCUGACAUCGUACUGCACAGGUGGUACCUCUGCUCAAGGAGGGACCUAUCAUGGACAGUUCAAAGAAGGCGAAAAGCAUGGACAAGGAACAUAUAAAUACAACAAUGGAGAUGUCUACUCUGGUGAUUGGGCCAAGGGACGAAAGCAUGGCCGUGGUACUUACGUCUAUGAGGAUGGGUCAUCACUCGAAGGGAAGUGGAAGGAGGGGUCUCUGAUGGCGGGGACUUGGACGCUUCCAAGCGGUGUCCGCUUCCUUGGAAAUUUCAAAGAGAACAAGCCCUUCGGGGAGGGAAAUUGGGAGAUGCCGUGUCGAGAGGGUCAUACGGUGUCGGGGAAGUAUGUGCACAGUAGAGCUCCGACUGAAGAGGGUCAAGAGGCUGUUGACGGCAACCUCUCUUUACGGUUCAUCCCGCAUGAUAUGUGA